AUGUCCAACGACGAACCAAUACAGGUUGAUACCAAGGCUGAUACGCCCGCCAGCCCCACUGCUCCCAGCGGGAAUGGGCAACCGUCGACAACGGAGCGAAGGCGGCCUCGACUGGACCUCAACGCAGCGCUUGGUGGAGAUCGGAAGCGCAAGGGGAUACUCGGUCUCGUCGUCGGUACCUUGAACAAGGCCAAAAUUGAAGAUAAAGAACGAAGUGCGAGUGAAGCGGCCAAAAAACGACAGUUGAUCGAAAAACGGCUGCAGCAGAAACUCAGAAAAGAGACUGACUCUGUUAGACGCGCAGAAGAAGCGAAGAAGGACAAGACUUUGGCCAACCGGAAGGAGGAAGACUUGCAGCUCAAAGAUUCGAUUUACAAAUUGCGGCGCAAACGUCUCCCCAUUCUUGCUAAUUUCUUGCUUACAUCUGAUGUAAUUCCCUCUGAUUCCUCGUCCUCGCCACAUUCAACAAACCCCCUCUCUGCUCCACCACGAUCUCAUCCACCGCCUCUCUACUACCUCCCCGCUAUCCUCACCCCUGCACAAGAAGCAUUUAUCUCAAGACGGAAAGCAGAGGUUAACGAAGCAGCGGAGAAGGAGUGGGAAACAUUCAAACAAGAACGAGAAGCAGGUAUUGAAGAAAUCAAACAACUACGGCAAAAGGUUGCAGACGAGGAAGCGCGUCAGAAAUUGGAACGUGACCGUGAUGCAAUGGACACCGAUGGUCCUCAGGAAGACGCCGCAGCUCCAGCAGAAGAGGAUAGGGGCAAGUCCCAGCUUCCUGCGAUGAAGAAAGAGCAGGACCGACCAGGAACUGACAUGGAGGUUGACGAUGGUGCCCCUAAGCCGUCGGAGCCUGCGAAAUCGAAUCCGGAGCCUACUGAAAAGAAGGAGGACAUUGUGCCCAUGCAAGCAGAUGACGAUGAUGCGGUUGAAUACUAG